AGAAGAAAGAAAAGUACGUUUGGUGCGGUCAAAUACUGGAUGAAAUUUGGAGGCAUAAAGAUGUAGCAUAUGUUGGAGGUGGUGUCAAAGCCUAUAGGAUACCCAAACCUGAUCCUAAGACCGAUGGCCGAAAAGGUGAUAAUGUAAACCAAAAGGGGGAAGGAACAAAGUGUUGGUGGUAAACAGAACCAACAAAAUAUAGGUGAUAAUGCGAACCAAAAGGGGGAACGAAGUGUUGAUGGCAAACAGAACAAGCAAAGUAUUGAACUGACGUUUCAAAACACCAGCAAGUUGGACAAGCUCACACCCUUGUGCAAAAGAAAGGGUAAUGGAUCUGGAAGCUUGAAUUUAACCAGAUGCUGCCUGAGCCUAUGGUGUGAUGAAGAGGAGGAAAAUGAAGGGGGAAAUGAGUCGGCAUUGUUUGUUGCAGCGAAAAAUGGGGUGUUGGAAAUAUUGAAGAAAAUUCUGAAAUAUAAACCAGGGGCGAUCCACGAAACAAACUUGCUAGACCAAAAUGUAUUGCAUGUGACUGUGGAGAACAGGCAACCACAUGUAUUUGAUCAUCUGGAGAAGUACCUGAAUGAGAAUACGUUGUGGGAAAGCCACGUGGGACGUGCGGACAAAGACGGCAACACGAUCCUCCACUUGGCCGCCAAGCUCUCGCAUUACAAGCCCUGGCAUAUUGCUGGUUCUGCCUUGCAAAUGCAGUGGGAAGUGAAAUGGUUUCUGUUUAUGAAGGAGAAAAUGCCGCAGCACAUGCAAUUCCUCAAAAACAAGAGCAACGAGACACCGCAGGACAUUUUCGUACGUGAUAACAAGGAUCUGCUCGAUGAAGGCAUUGGGUGGCUGAAGAGCACGUCGGAAUCAUGCUCCGUGGUGGCUGCGCUUAUUGCAGGCGUGGCCUUCGCCACGGCCACCACUAUCCCCGGCGGUACUCAGGAGGAGACCGGCAAACCUUACUUGGAGCGCCACCCGGCUUUCAACUUGUUUGCAUUCACAUCCCUCUUGGCUCUCUCCUGCUCCAUCACCUCUCUCGUCAUGUUCCUCUCCAUCCUCACUUCUCGCCAGCAACCUCGAGAUUUCCGCAAAGAUUUGCCUCUCAAAGUUCUUUUGGGGUUGAGUUGCCUCUUCGUGUCCAUCGCUUCUGUCUUGGUUUCUUUCUCUUCCGCAUUCUUCUUCUUGCUCAGGGAACACCUCCAGCAGGUUGUUUUCCCACUCUAUGCCGUCACUAUCUUGCCUAUUACUUUCUUUGGCGUUGCUCAGUUCCCCCUCUACAUCGAUCUUAUGAGAGCUAUUUUGUUCGAGAGACCCCAGUCCAGCAAUAGAGAAUCUGAGAAGCUUAUUCUCUGAUCAAACACUUUAUCACUUUAUCUCCAUAUUAUAUA